AUGCAGCGCAUAUCCCCCCGCCCCCCCUCCCCCACCGACCGCGCCCAACAGUCCUCGCAACCGCAAACCCAAGGCCCCCCCCAAUCCGCCCAACAACCCGCGCCCGCGCCCCCAAAAUCUUUGAACCUCCCCUCAGGCUUCGCGCACCCGCCGUCCACCUCCUCCCCGCACCCCCAGUCCUUUGAGGAAAUCUACGGCAUCCCCGAGAACUUCCUCGAGCUCGAGGUUACGGCUCCUCAAACCCACCAGCCGACUUCGAGUCCGAGUUCGCGAUAUACGACGUAUCUGAUUCGGUUGUCGACAAAUAUUCCGGCGUUUAAGUUGAGGCAGAGUUCAGUAAGGAGGAGGUACAGCGACUUCGAGGUCUUCCGCGACCUUUUGGAGAGGGAGAGCGCGAGGGUGUCUAUCCCGCCGCUGCCGGGGAAGGUUUAUCUGAACCGGUUUGAUGACGCGGUGAUUGAAGAGCGGAGGAGGGGGUUGGAGCGGUUUCUGAAGAUUGUGGUGGGGCAUCCGCUGUUGCAGACGGGGAGUAGGGUGUUGGGGGGCUUCGUGCAGGAUCCGGGGUGGGAUCGGAAUGCUUGGUAG